AUUCAUCAUACAGACAAAGUGGCAGUCUCACAACGCUCUCAGAGCAGCCCGACACAAAGACUCACAUGUAAAAAGCAUUACUGUCAUGCCAAGUCUAGUCACAUCACCACCAAGGGAGCUGCAGCAUCUCAACAUGGACAACAAGAAGACGGGAAAAGACAGGGGAGAAAACCUGAAGUCCCGGCUGCAGCGAAGAUUGUCUCAAGCCCCUAACACUGAGGGGCUUUGUUUCGAGGAGAUGUCCCAGUGGUCAGAGUCACUAGACAGACUUUUAUCCUCCAAAUAUGGCAUGAAGAUAUUCCAGGCCUUCUUGAAGUCAGAAUUCAGUGAUGAAAACAUUGAGUUUUGGUUGGUGUGUGAGGACUAUAAGAAGAUCAAGUCUUCCUACAGGAUGUCCUCCAGGGCCAAAAAGAUCUUCAAACGCUACAUUCAAGCAGAGGCUGCAAGAGAGAUCAACAUUGAUCACAAGACCAGAGACCUGAUCAGGCGGAACAUUAAGGCGCCUACCACAGUGUGUUUUGACGAUGCCCAGAGGAUCGUCUAUGGGCUAAUGGAGAGGGACUCUUACCCACGUUUUCUCAGGUCCGACAUCUAUCGGGCUCUACUAGACUCCACAUCAGAAUCGGUGAAGAUGUAAAGAAAACAGAUACCAAAGACAUUGCAUUCGUAAAAGUUGGACUGUGAAACUGAGCCAAAUUCUGGACUACCUGAGAGAAGCUAUGGUGUGUGUGUGCUUCUCCUGGGACCACUGGUGUUGACCAAAAACAUGUCAUUUUCAACACAUUCAUGCCUUAUUUCUGAGUUGAAGAAGUCAUGCUUUAGGGGCCCAUGGCCACAUAUUACUGCGUUACAGAGGAGAAGUGAGCUCUGUAGUAAAAACCGUGACUAGAGUUUGUCCAAAGCCAGCUGGCAUAAUGGAAAAGGAUGGGCUUAGGCCAAAAAUGGUUACAGUUGUACAUGAAUCAACAGCAGCUACCGUGAUAGCCGUUGUAAAGCAAAAGACUUCCCAGAGUAGCCAUGGUUAAGUCAUGAAAAUGCUGGGGACUUUCUGUGAGACACGGUAGGAAGUGUAUGUGGUGCAAACAACCCAUUCCACCCAAGAUGCAAGUGCACGAGCUGGUAUCGACAUUUGCACAACAUCAAGUUUAUUGUUAUCUCACUAAAGCAAUAGAUGAGUAGAUGCUAUCCAGAUGUGGAUUUUUAUGCGCAUUUAGAAGUUUUACAUCAGUGCUGUCACACUGAAAUAACUGAUAUAUUAUAAUAAUCUGUUAUAAGCUAUUAUGUCGAAAAUGUAUUCGUCAGUUGUGAAAAUUUUGUGAAUUUGAAACUGAAGAUGGAGUUACAUAUAUAAUAAAAAUAUAUUACAUUUGCAUUGAAA